AUGGGAGAUCCACUUGAUAAUGAACCCAAUAUUCCUCUACUAAACAAGAAAACCGGUGAAAAAGUGAACGAAGAGACAGCAUCAAACGACAGUUUACAUAAUGAUACAGUGCCAAAUAUCCCCUGGUUACACAAACGUCGGUCGUCCGCCCAGGGUAAUCAUAUUUCAGACAGAGGCUCGGCUUCUUUGUACCAAGUCUCUAAGAGUCAGACUGAAAGUAUCUCGACAUUUCCAAGUAACACAGAUCUAGAACAGCCACUAACAGAGAGCAACGUUCCGAUUCACCAGCCCUCUAUAUCUACACAACACAGGCGAGAGGCGAACAUAUCAUGUUCAAACCCUUCUACUCAGGAAAGUGCUAAAAAAGUCACUUCAGGAAGAGAUUUUUCUAAACAAGGCGCAAGACCCAAAGAGGAUUUUGCACAUGUGUUAGACUUGAGCGUUACUGAGUUAAAUUCCAGUUCAAAUGGCAAGUUUGAGUUUGAUGGUGUUGGAUUCGUAAAUUCAGAUUCUAGCUUGUUACAAGGCAUUCCUAACAUCAAUGGUCCAACGUCGUCUAGAGACCUUAUAUCUGAUGCAUCCGGCACAAACGUCACAGACCAGUCAUCAUCUCUAGUAUGUAUUACUGAAGUGGAGCUUGGCCCACUACUCCAACGUUUUCAGGAUGUUCUCAAGGAGUCCAGCGCCUUGCAGAAACAGAAUGAGACUUUCCUACACCGCAUUAGACAUGACGAUAGCGCAAGCUGCGAAGCCCUUCAGCAAAGGAUUACUGAAACCAGUUGUAAUUUCACACGUUUGGAAGACCGGAUUACAGACGGCGAUAAUGAAAUGGAACUAUUGGAGGAAAAGCUUACUGAUGCCCUUAACAAACUAAACGAACUUUGUAAGUCAUUUGAAACGAAGUCCUUACAGGGGAAUGUAAUGAACGGAAAUAGAAAUAAACGCCAUCGUCAUCAGACCAGAGCGACGAAUGAAGCAGAUCGACACGGUUUGACCAAUGAAGUGGAUCAACAGGAAAUGAAUAGAGUAGAAAACGAACAUAGUGAAGGUAACCUACAGCUUAAGGGACAGAUACAAAGGAGCGAAAGCCACGACCAAAGGACACAUAACAUGGACUCAAAUCUACAUAUUAGCUCCAGAGAUAAAGGAGAUAGAUUUACUACAGAGUCAAAUACAUCCACGAAUAUCAACGGAGAACGCAGAGACACGAGCUCUCCACAUCAAUCUGGAUCAGGCUGUGUUCUCGAAGACAGAAUUGAAGUAGAUCCACUUGCAGAAGUAGACACAACGAAACACCAAACUGUCUUUUCUUCAUCCCAAACAAUCAAGAGCAAUGGUACAGACGGAGUACCACGGAACAAUGCCACGAGUUCUGAUCUAAGUACCGAUGUGCUCUUAGAAACAAAAGAGCGCGUUCUUGGAGAGAAUGGACUCGGUGUUGAUCACGUGAAUCAACAAUUAAGGUCAAAAAGAAAGCGAGGAUUAAGUGUGAAAAGGAGUUCACCAUCGUUAAAAUUGGACCAACACGUAAGUGGUGAGGAAACAUCAUCACGGCCUAGAUCCAGACGGAGGAAGAUGAAAUGCUCCGAUCUCGGCUUCAGAUAUCGGAAGACGAGCCCCAGAAAUGAUAACAGAUUAAAGGUUAUACGUAAUGAAGUCGUUUUACGUGGUGGCCCAGCAUGUUAUUUGAUGGAUAGCAACAUUAGAUUGAGUAUUCCAAGUAGUCCUAGAAAGGAGGCUUCGACCACUACCAGCCUUGGAGGAGCGACUUUCGAAUCCUUUGGUUUCAGAAAUACAGUUGAUGUAUCGAGCGCUUAUGACGCGUUUAAGAUGCAUGCAGAUAUGUCAGCAAUGGGAUUGGAUCACUUUAGCAUAACAGAGGCCGACGCUAAAGCAUCUAAGAGAUGGGUAGCAAAAGCCAACGAGGAACGCCAAAAGGGGACACGUUUAGCUCCCUAUCGCGGGAGAGGCCCUGAUACAGUCCUUCUUUUGGAUACUUCAGAAAGUAUGCGUGGUCAACCGUUUUACGAGAUGAUACGAAUUGCCAAACUGAUCAUAGAAGGUAUACAGGCUGUGCACAAGACAAUCGGAGUUGAGGAAAAUAUCGCCAUAACUGUAAUUGGUCAGGAAACUACUGUUUUCAAGCAUUUGACAAUGGAUUACGUCGAUCUGAUAUCUUCUUUAGAUACCUUACCAGUUGGAGGUCCUAGUCCAUUUUCAGCAGGUCUAGUGAUGGGUUUAGCAGCUUUAUUAGGAAAUGCAUCGGGUGUUACAAACGUGAGAAGCGUACCACUAUCUUCAAAAGUUAUUCUCAUCAGUGACGGCCAUGCUACACGAGACACUUGCACCACGGAACAGACAGAAGAGGGCUCCCAUAUAACUUCUCAUAUUCGCCUUCUGCUAUUGCCAGUUCUGAAGGACUACGCAGAGAGAGGUAACCGCGUGUUUUGUGUACCAGUAGGGGACGCAAAGACGGUAUAUUUCGAGGACAUUUGUAGAAUGACAAAGGGAAGGAUUUACCCGUCAAGUGAUGUCCAAAGGCUUGUGAAGAUGACCCAGGCAAAGGUUUCCGCCAUUGAAAUGUAUGAAGCGCUCAAAGGAAAUAGCCGGCAACAGAUGAUGGAUAUCCUGACAGACCGUUCAAUGGCUCCUUUCUCUGUCCAACAGGACGCAGAGGACAUCGUUGAUUACGUUGAAUAUCUGAAGAGCAGGGAAACGUCUACAUCAGGGAUAGAACUAACAAUGUAUAUUGAACAGGAUCCAAAUAUGCCCCCAAUCGGGACACGUGUUCGUCGCGGACCAAGCUGGAAAUGGAAAAACCAGGACACGGAGGGGCCCGGAACUGUUAUAGGACACCAAGACAAUGGAAUGAUUUGGAUUGAGUGGGACAACGGCUUUAAAAACCGGUAUCACUACCAGCCCGACUGCUAUGACGUCAGAGUAGUUGAUGAACCUCGCCAGAUCCUAGGAGACCACCUGAUUGCUACAGGUUAUCUGGUCAAACGAGGUACAGACUGGACCUUUGCUGACCAGGAUGGUGGUGAAGGCAAAAUUGGUGUUGUGUUCCGGGUCAAGGAGAACGGCAUUGUUGGGGUGAGGUGGCCCUGCGGUAAUACGGGUAGCUACAAAUAUGGAGCGGAAGGACGAUUUGAUAUAGAAAUAUGUGAUCCGAAUACGACGCCACGCCCCCGUAUUCAAACCGGCCGGGAAAGUUCUUUUCGCGUUCAAAACAGCGGUAGUCAUUUCACAAAUGAAAACUUACCGAGGCCUACCCUGAGAAAUGAUCCACCACGAGAAACGGUCAAUACAAAUACAGACGUCCCCAACAAGAUAGAAUCGUGCCUGCCAUCCGUGGAGGAAAUGAACAAGAAAAACACGUCACUGACUCCAAAGACAUCACUCCGAUCUGGAGAAAGUGAUAUCGUUAAAUCUAAGGGUAAAUUAUAUGUAAAACAAAAGUCACCCGUAUCGCCUGACUCACCUACUGCUGACUACCGCGUAAAGUGGCAGUAUGUCGACAGUGGAGGUCAGUUCCGUGACUACCCUGGUAACGUCAAUGGAAAGAUAGAGGCCACAUAUAUCAAACGUCCAGGUGGGACCGUCAUCAUCAACAUGGACGGUGUAGGGUAUCGGCUCCUUUUCACAAAGAUGCAGCAGAUUGAAAUCAACACAAAAACAGCAGUACAUAUACGACGGACAGUGCUAACAUAAAGUGAAGGUGACGCUGAUAUCCACCGGGAAAGUAAAACACCUACCAUUACAGAAGUAGUUAUUGAUGCUACUAUAAGUUUUAGCAUUAAAUGUC